AGCCCAGCCCAUGAAUUAGCGGUAACGCGGAUGCGCAAUUCACCGGGGUAUGCACUUCCAUGGGUUCGUGAGCGUCUGUUACCACGUUUUCUGCCACCACACGCAAGAAGUCGGCCAAAGGGCGAUAGUAAAGGGUUCAGUUCUAUGUUGGCUUUAUUUAAAGAAGGCUACCACAGGCUUACACGACCAGGUCCAUUUGCUCUAUGUAUCUUGAAAGCACAAGAAGUCACAACGAAGGGCGUGUAUCGACUCCUGCAUGCUCUCUACUACUGUCGCUAGCCCGUGUCAGACUUUCUGGGAGCCAUUAGGGGGAGACCACGAAUACAAUACAUACUGAUAGCCCAGCCCAUCACUUAGCCUUACCGUGCAUGCACAGUUCGCCGAGGCCUUGCACUUAGUGCUUUUCAUUUGUUUGUGAAAGUCGGACAAGGUGUCCAAGCACACCGAAAAUUAGGGGAAAUCAGCAGGAUACCCUAGCCUAUAAUUUGCAGUACUGACCAGCGUCUGAGUUUAUAUCCACGCUAGUGUUUCUAGGGUCUUUAAAACUUUAUAUAGGAACGACUUGAUUUUUCCUGCGCUCUCUUUGGACCCGAUGGAGGAUUAAUUGCAAAUGCUCCCCACAUUCCUGUUCAUCUUGGUGCCAUGCAGUAUUCAGUGCAGUGGCAGAUGCAUUCGUCUGGACAAGAUCUUAAGAAGGGAGACGUUUUACUUUCAAAUCACCCUGCUGCAGGAGGCAGUCACCUACCUGAUCUGACUGUCAUAACACCAGUUUUUUACCCUGGCUAUGACCGUCCAGUCUUUUUCGUUGCAAACCGUGGUCACCAUGCUGACAUUGGGGGGAAAACGCCUGGUUCUAUGCCUCCUGACUCAAAGUAUUUAUGGGAAGAGGGAAUGUAUGUAAAAAGCUUCAAACUUGUCAAUGAUGGCAUCUUUCAAGAGGAAGAAGUAACCAAGUUACUAAUGGCUCCUGGUAAACUGCCUGGAUGUAGUGGAUCAAGGAACCUUCAUAACAAUAUCAGUGAUUUAAGAGCUCAAGUUGCUGCUAACCAAAAGGGUAUUUCACUUGUUACCGAGUUGAUAAACUCCUAUGGACUAGAAACUGUUCAAGCAUAUAUGGGUCACAUCCAGGAAAAUGCUGAAGUAGCUGUUCAAGAUUUGCUGAAGAUAAUUGGUACCAAGAUUCAGGCUGAAACUGGAGAGGCAGUACUAUGGGCUGAAGAUAAGCUAGAUGAUGGAUCACCUAUUGUUUUGAAAGUAACCAUAAACAAGGAAAAUGGAAGUGCUCUCUUUGACUUUUCUGGUAGUGGAGAUCAGGUUCCAUUCAAUCUAAAUACUCCACGACAUGUCACCUAUUCUGCUGUUCUCUAUUGCCUGAGAUGCAUGGUUGGCCAUGACAUACCACUUAAUCAGGGAUGUCUGAAGCCAAUUCAAAUUAAGAUACCACCAGGCAGUCUUUUGGACCCAUCUGAUGAUGCUGCUGUUAUCGGUGGUAAUGUUCUCACUUGCCAAAGAGUAGUGGACGUUAUAUUUAAGGCAUUCUCUACCUGUGCUGCAUCUCAAGGAUGUAUGAACAAUACAACAUUUGGAGAUGAUAGCUUUGGAUACUAUGAAACUGUGGCAGGUGGAGCAGGCGCAGGGCCUACAUGGCACGGGCGAAGUGGUAUUCACACUCACAUGACAAACACAAGAAUAACAGACCCUGAAAUCCUAGAAAGAAGGUAUCCUGUAGUUUUGAAACAGUUCAGUCUGAACCGUGGGACUGGUGGCAGAGGAAGUUUUUUUGGAGGAGAUGGAGUCAUCAGAGAACUUAAGUUUCGGAGGUCUCUGAUACUGUGUCUCUUAACUGAGAGAAGAGUAUAUUCACCAUAUGGAUUGAAUGGUGGAGAACCAGGAAGGAAGGGCAGAAACAUCAUAUACAGACAUAAUGGGAGUGAAGAAAAUUUAGGUGGCAAGUUUAAAACACCUGUGUCAGCAGGGGACAUUUUUCAUCUAGAGACUCCAGGUGGUGGUGGGUAUGGCAAUGUGAAUGAUGAUGUCGGAAUUCCUUCCUCAGCCAAACGAGCACGAACCUUAUGAAGACAGAGACAGAUUUUGUUUGACUUUAAUUUUCACAUCUCCCACUCAUUUUUUUGCUUAUCGUUUAUUUUUUUGCCCUUUGAUGUUUUUUCUGUUUUUGUUUGUUUUUUGUUACACGUUUGCGGCGCAAGUUGUCCAGACCCCACCCACUUGCGCGCGCUACUGGGUCCCCCCCACGCGCUCUCUCUCUCUCUUCAGUUGAGCUCUGUAUGGCCGCCGUCUGCUCUUCGCCCGCCGCCCGAGGUUACUAAAGCAAAAACGCACUAGGACCAGACAAGGACCGACGCAAAAGGUGUUAACCCGUCGCCGACAACCGUCGCGCAUGCGCGUGAUCUACCUCUCUCACCUAUCUUAUAAUACAGGAAUCGUUUAUCUACUAAUAUCCAUUAC